AUGACGUCCCAUGUGGACGACUUGCUGUGGGCGUGUGGCCCGUCAUGCAACUGGAUCAUCAAGGACCUCAUCGACACAUUUAAAUGUGGUACGGUCGAAACAGGCUCCUUCAGGUACUGCGGAAAGGAGAUUAAGCAAGACGAAGACUUCAACAUCCACAUCUCCUGCAGCGACACUACCAGAGGAGUCAAGAAAAUCCAUGCUGAGCCAAAGAGGCAUCCGGGAGAUCCUUUGACGGACUCCGACAAGACACAGAUGAAGAGCGUGGCUGGUUCGUUGGCAUGGGUAUGCAGACAGUGUGUUGGGAAGAAGCCCGGAGCUCUUGUGAAUCUUGUGAUCACGGACGCUUCGCACGCAAACGAGUCCGAGGAGAUGAUCAUUAAUGAAAUGACAUCCGUGGAAGGCUACAGAAGUCAAGGCAAGAUCUCUGGAGGAAGAAGGGCGAAGACGCAGGAGAUCUACCGCCCUGCGAAUGAUCAGUUGACUGACAUCGUACGAUGGAUAGACACCGAUGUGAUGAUCGCUGAUCCUCUCACGAAGGUGAUGGAACCAGUCAAGCUGGUACAAGCUCUGGAGACCAACGUUUUGGACGUUGAGCAGCCACUUGACAGUGUCGUCAACUAA